GAGCUUACGAUGAUGAGGGCGUAGUCGAGCGCAUGGCCUGGAAGUGCCAGUAUAACGCUGGUUUAGGUUUUUACAGGCUACUGUACACUGUUUUAGUGGUUUAGUCGUUAUUUUAGAACACUUCUGAGAUGGACAUGUUUCUUUCAAACAGCUCUCAGGUAAAUACCACACUGCCGGCUGAAGACUGGACAUCUGUGUACUCAGCAGUGCGGUGGAUUCAAAUGUCAAUGGCACUUCUAAGUAUUUUAGGCUCUGGCUCCAUCAUUUUCUACACUGUUCUCCAAAAACAUGUAAAAACUUCUGAGGUACAACCUCUGUUUCUUUUGAGUUUAACGGACCUGCUGUUAGCUGUGAGCUGGUUGAGUGGCGCUCUUCUCUUCAGCAACUCCUGUGACUCCCAUGCUACCUGUUACAACCUCCACACUGUGGAGCAGACUCUCUUCAUGGCAUCCUUUUUCUAUACACUCCACUAUGUGUGGGUGCUCUACACUGGAUUGAAGGAGAAGUAUUAUUGCAGACUGAAUGGUAUCCCAGCUCAGCAUCCAACCCAAGCAAACCCAUGCAGUAAACUGGCAGCAGUUAUGUCCUGUGUUUUGCCAAUGAUGCUCACAGUGCCAGUGUUCAUAACAGGAAAUGUGUUGCACUGUUAUGUGAACUUUACCCAGCCCUACAGAUGUCUUUUGUUACACACCGGUGCUCUCUACCCAACCUCACAGGAGAGUGAGAUACUCAUGGCUUGUAAGAUCAUCAGUGACUACACCAUCGCUAUCUUCCUUAUAACCUUCUUCUUCACUCUCACUGGGAUUGUGGUGCUAAUGAUAAAAGCUCGCUCCUUAUACAAGCGCUGUGUUACUUCUCACGGCUUCUUUGCUGACCGUCAAUGGGCCACACUUCGUGUGCUGGAACAGCGCAUGUUCCUUUACCCAUCUGCAUUCUUUUUCUGCUGGGGACCAGCAAUUUUCCUGGCCACCAUGAUGUUAUUCAAACCAGAGGAGGUGGAAGGAAAGGUGGGAGUUAUCCUGUACAUUCUACAGGCCUUUACCUCUGGCUCUCAGGGUCUGUUGAACUGUCUGGUGUAUGGCUGGACCCAACAGCACUUCCGCACCCUAAGCAGAGGCACUGUGAGAGAUGCUGAUACCCAAACACCGCUGUUGCGCUCCCAGAAGCAAACUUACAACACACUCUGCUCAUCCAGCACAGGCAUGCAACAUAUCUGAGGGAUGAGAAAAGAAAAUACUUCAUAGCCCAACCUUUAGACUAAACUGCCUUAUGACUUGUCCUGAGGGAGUUAUGGUUAUUUGUGUGACACUUGCAAAAGAAAAAAGUCUGGACAUCCAUGCGUGAAUUGCAUCUCUGAAGAGCAAUGUACCUGUUGCCAUGGCAACAAUGCCAGAUGGCCAGUCAAGAUGGUUAAAGAUAAGGACAAAAAACCUUAUCUGAGAGUUUUGAAAAGUGUCUCAAAGAAGGAAGAGGUCUAGUAUUGGUUUUGUUAUGAGUCCUGCUGCUGCACCUGCCACCAGAAAGCUAACCAAGGGAAUUCCUCUACAAAGCCUUUAGCUAUGUUUAUAGACAGCAACAACCUUUACAUAAGGUUAGAGACUGAAUAGUAAAAUAAGACUUCUUUUUGACAACUGGCAGGAAAGGAUGAAAGUAACCUUUUUGAAGAUACACAUCAACGGGAACCAUACCUUUACAGGAGCCUUAUAUCAGACUCAGAAAUUCCAAAGGGCCCAACAACAAAUGCCACAAAAUCCACCAAACCCAAAUGAAGUUCUUUUACAGUAAGUGUUUACUCUAACACAUCAGAAUGGGUAGGUCCACUGCUGGCAUAAUCAGCAUAGUACAUGAAAAGUACUACAAAACCUAGCACAUUUACACUUUUUUUUCCCUUGGGGAAGCAGGUAAAACACAGGUACGUCAGAAAGCAGGGGUGUCCGUUCAUACAUAAGAUGAACACAUCUGUGACAAAAUCUGGGAAUUUUACACAUUUAUACGUUUUAGUUGUACAGCAUUUUUAAAAAGACACAAAGCAGCUUUAUCUAAAUCUGGAUGCAGAUUUAGCAUAUUGAAGCAAAGCAUUUGUAAUAAACACACGACAGGCCAUGUUACUAUACAGAAAUCUGCUUGAAUGACAGUGUGCUUUUUAACUGUUUAUUUUUACAUUUAAUGUUAUGGAACAUCUCGCUCCAUGUUAUAAACUGUUGCUAUCUUACCAGCCUUUCCUGUAUUUUCUCUCUUGGAGUUAAUGAGACAAAAAAGCUUGUCAUUUUAAGACUCCUCCCAUAAAUGUUACCUAAAUGUAUCCUAACAAAAAACGUCACCACAUUAGUGAUUAUACAUUGAGCAUCCAUCAAGUCCCUGUGUAUGAGCUGUUACUAAAACAAUAACGGUUUCGAAUGAAUACAUAUUCGAGAAUUAAACCGCACUGUUGUAUAAACACAAAAAAUAUGAAAUACAGUGGAUUCAGAAAGUAUUCAGACCCCUUUACUUGUUGCACACUUUAUUGUGUUGUGGAUUUGAUUUUGAAUGGAUAUAAUUGACAUUUUUACCCAUCAAUCUACAAUUAAUCACCCAUAAUCAUAAAAUGUUUUUAGAGAUUUUGGAAAAUUAAUUAAAAAUCAAAAACUGAAGUCUCUUAUUCACAAAAGUAUUCAGAUCCUUUAUUCAAUAUAUUGUAGAAGCCCCUUUGGCAGCAAUUACAGGUACAAAUCUUCUAGGAUACGUCUCUGCAAGCUUUGCACACAUAGAUUUGGGCAGUUUAUCCCAUUCUUCAUGGCAGAUCCUCUCAAACUCCAUCAGAUUGGAUGGCGAGCGUGAGUCGAGAAUAAGUGACUGCAGUGUGUGAUGAAGGGCAAGGGAUAGGGACUUAAGAAAAAAGGAAACAUGACGUACAUACACACUUUAUACUUUGGAAUUUGAAACAGGAAAUUUGCGGUUGAAUGUAGGACUAAAAUAACUUGAGAGUGAAAGGGAGAAAACUAUGUUUUCUCAGUAUGUUUGCACUGCCUAGACCCAAUGUCAUGUUUCAUUCACAUGUAAGAGCUUGUUCUGUCAACAUGUAUACAUGAUUAUUGUGAACUGUACAACAAAUGGCUUGAGGCAGUGAUCGUUAAGUUCACUUUUGAAUAAAACAAUACAACCCAAC